UGGAAACGAGGGUGUGAUAUUCUUCCUCCGGUUCGUUCUUCUUCUGCGCGUGGCUCUUCUUCUUCUUCUUCUUCUUCUCUUGUUAGGUGAAUCGGAUUUACGCAGUGGUGAGAGUGACCGAUUCCUCGUGAAAGUAGCUGUUUAUCGACUCAUUUACCUAAGCUAAAGGUUCUCCAGAGAAAUAGUGUGUUAUUUUGCCCUAAUUGUCUCCCAAACGGAAGAGGCUCAAAACUGCUACUUUGAAAUGACGACAUCUGAAAAUGCUUACGGCGUAUUUCUGGAAAAGGUCAAACGAACUGUUUACAUUGACAACCUUUCGCCCCAAGUGACUGAAGCUGUCCUGAAAGCUUCUCUAAAUCAAUUUGGAGAUGUCGAAAAUGUUGAGUUCAUCCCCAACUACACAUUCCCAAGCGAACUACCUCGAUGUGCAUUGGUAGAGAUGAAAACCUCAAGGCAGGCUCAGAAAAUCAUGGGAGAUCUCUCCGAUUUCCCUUUCUUGAUAUCUGGGAUGCCAAGGCCAGUUCGUGUACGCAAGGCUGAGGUAGAGAUGUUCGAUGAUCGUCCGGAGAAGCCAGGAAGUAAGGUAGAAUGUAGUUGGUUAACUCCAGAAGACCCCAAUUUUCAAGUGGCUAUAAAGCUCAAGAAGCUUUCAAAACAACAUGUCGCCGAGACAGCUUUCUUACUAAAGCAUCAACUUGAAGAGGAGAAGAAGCUGGCAAGCCAGCAAUGGGAGACACUGAAGGCAAACUAUAAGAAGUUUGAGAUGAUUGACAGCGUGAUAAAUGACGGAACUUCACGCCUGCUAUCAGAAAGAUACAAUAUCCAGCCUUUUGGAUGUUAAGAUAUCGAGCCUAUCGGAUGUUAAGGGCAAUCGCUAGUAUUUUUUUAAUGCAUAGAUAUUUUUAAGAUUGAUGGCAUCCCAUAUCUGAAUUAUGGUUUGUCAUUUGCAUGUGCUUGUAAAGAUAACAAAACUAUAAUGUUUUUGAAACGGAAUCGAGAGUUUAUUCUAUUCUCUCGAGUAAACAAACACGACCCCCAGUUAGGCCGUCAUAAUUAUUCAACAUGAACAAAUUCUAAUAUAUUUUGGACAUCAUCAAAGUUA